AUGAGUGACAAAUUUUAUGGUAUCUUUCAAGCCGAAGAUGCGACCUACUCCAACUACAAUGGCGUUUUACAUCAACAGCAACAACAACUAAAUCAGUCAUUUCCACCGUCUGGUCUUAACCAGCGCUGUGCUGAGUUAUCGAAUUAUUACGGUACGAGCUCCGGCAAUACCAACGGCAUAGUUACGGAUACAGCUCUCGCUGCUUCGAGUACUUUGGAUGUCGCUAAUGCGCACACUCGUCUACUAGGGCCGUCACUACAUUAUUUUGGCGGUUGUAAUAGUCAGUCGCAGCUCCACACUCAGCAGCAUCAGCAUUUAUUCUACAACAACAAUCCUUUGGCUCAGUCAAAUGCACCACUAUCGGAGAACUGUGCAUACAGCAUACCAACCACGACACUUGAGCUUAACGGUGGCUUAGUUGGUGGUGGCGCAGCAGGCAGCAUGUCGUACAGUUAUAGUCGAAACCGUUAUAUGCCCUAUAACCGCACAACAACGAAUACCACUGCCGCAGCGCAGUAUCAACCGAAUUGCUCGCUCGGCAUGCCAUCGGGUAUGCCGAGGGCUUUGAACACGCUACCGCUUACGAAUGCCAUGAGCGCGAGCGCACAACAAAUGUAUGCGACAUAUCAGCAAUUCUCCAAUAUCUAUCAGAACUACCCGAAUUAUCUGGGCGGUCCGCCGUUGGCUAGUUCAACGGUGACAGCGGCAGCGAUGGCUGGCAAAGCGCCAAGUGAGUGCGGCAGCGAGAAGAGCACGAACGCAGCGUUGGAGUGCAGCCGGCGCGCGGCGGUUACGUUGGGAAACUGUGGCACGGCGGUACAGACAAUGCGGCGUAGUCUGGCUACUACUGCGGUCGGUGGUAUGACGGAUACAAAUUCUGUUAUGGUUACAGACAUCAAUGGCAAUGUGGAAUUAACUAAGAGCUGCGGCUCGUGCAAUGCCACCGCCAGUCAAUCCAUUACACUGCAAAUCACCAAUUUGGACUAUACCAUGGAGGAAUCGAGUUUACGCAAUUUCCUAAUGGGACAAUUGAAGCCGAUAACACCGGUUCUGUCGCUGGUCUUUGAAGGCAAUUCCUAUGCCAAAGUCACUGUACCGGAUAUGUUUUUCGCAAAACAAGUCGUCUCGAAUUUACAUCGCAAGAAGAUCGGACACAAACGCAUGUUAGUCUCGUACACACGCGACUCCUCGCUGACCGAAAUCAAUACGUUGCGUUGUCAGGUAGCGGGAUUACUUAAGGACGUGCCCUACUACACACUACCAAUGUAUAAGUUCCGUGAACUUUUUCAAGCACGCUUCAAGACAUCUAUUAGCGUUUUGGAUCUCUAUAAAAUGCCCGACAUCUGCACGAUCAGCGUUGAUAAUAGCGAGGAGAAAUUCAUUAGCCUACAAACGGGCGUCAUUAACUCGCUGGAGAACUCACCCUUAAUGGAGGGUCUACAACACAGUGUACCCUAUUGUACUGUACAUUUCAAACGUGAACAACACAAAGGCUGGGCUGAGCAAGAUAUUGAACCGUUACCGAAUGUCUGGAUGACAAUAUCCGAAAUACAAAGGAUUAUAUAUCCCUUGCUGAAGAAUCACACCGGCGACAUACCGGUCGCUUCGCUGGUGCAUUGCAUCAACGGCCAGAUGAAUACUGAAAUAAUACCGAAUGAGAAUGGUGUCAACUUGGAGCAUUUGGUGUGCUGUGUGCAGGGCAUACAGAUACAAGUGAAUAAUUUUGGCAUUAAGAUACUCGGCUGGCUCGAGGCGGAGAAGGAUAAUUAUGCAAAUUAUGCGGCGCCACUGAAUGCGAGCAUCGGCGCUACGAGCGCCACUUCGUCGUCGUCGCUGGAGCGCGGCUUAUACUCGAAAUCUGCAUGCGGCGCCAGCGAUCCGCUAUAUCAGAUUUCACGUGAAGUUAUCGAGUUGGUGAAGAUGUCACCAAAGUCCACGAUGAAAUUCAAUCGCUUCAUACCAGCCUAUCACAAUCACUUCGGCAAGCAGUGUCGCGUUGCCGAUUAUGGUUACACCAAGCUGAUUGAGUUGUUUGAAGCCCUUUGCACGGUGGUGCAGAUUAUUGGCGACGGCGAGAACCGUCAGAUUACGCUAACGCAUCGCACGCAGCUGCGUCGUUUCACCUCGGAUUUAUUGCGUAUUUUACGCGCGCACGGCAACAAAUCAGUCUUGCUCUCGCAGCUGCCAACAAUUUUUGCGCAAACGCAAAAUCGCACUUUUGACGUCACCGAUUAUGGCGUGUGCGAUAUACGCGACAUCUUGGAUGGGCUUGCCAACUCGAAUGUCGUCGUAAUGUCGCGUGUGUCCAACUCUGAUGAUAUGCUCAUCUCGAUGCCGAAGCGUAAACAAACCAAUGUCGAGCUGGAGAAGACUAUAUUAUUUGCGGGCGAAAUGGUCGAGCUUUUCCGGAAUGCGCCGCAAUACACCAUACUCUUUCAGAAAUUCGUGCGCUCCUAUCACUAUCAUUUCGCUUAUCAGUGUCGCCUGAGCGACUAUGGUUUCCUUAAGUUGGCCGACCUAAUGGAGGCCAUACAGGGCGUCGUCGAAAUGGAGCAGACAAACGAUGAGGAUAAAAAGAUUUAUCUCACACCGAAAGUGGCGCGUCGUGUCUUUGCCGAGCAGUGUGAAGAGCUCGUAAGCAAUGUUACGGGCACAGCGCAGACUUGUACGAAGUUGGAUGAGAUGCUGCAGUUGCACAAAAAGAAGUAUGGCUAUCAAAUACUACCGCAGACUUUGGGCGUGAGCAGCAUUGCGGAAGGCGUGGCAAUGAUGCCUUACAUAGAGUUGUUGGAAAAAGAGGAUAAUGUUUUGUGGAUUAUAUGCCAUCGCGAGGACACUCUGUUUCGUAAUCAGAGCUAUCGUGCUUGUAGGUUGAUUCUGGCGCAAGAAGGCAGUCUCCAAAGCAGCUUCAAUGAAUCGGCCGCCAGUGAUACCAAGGAGAAUCAUUGCAAGAAUCUUACUCUGGCCGCUCUGAUUGAAGAAUUCAAUAAGAAAUAUGAGGAGAAAAUAAGUGAGAGCACAGUUAAGGCCAUGAAACAUCUGAUCGAGAUCUUUACGGAGGAGGAAGUCGCUUAUGUACGCAGCACAUCGUUUUUGAAAUUUCUGCUGAACAUAAUACGCGUUGUGGAGAAGCGCACUACGGUCAUGUUGACGGAGCUCAAAAAUGCUUUACAUUGCAACAUCACGACCACCUUUGAGUUCGGCUAUCCAAAUCUCUUCUCCGUCGUAUCUGCAUUCACCGACAUUUUCGUCAUCCAUACGGGUCUUACACAGGAGCGAAGUGAAAUUUCAUUGCAACCAAAUUGUGAACUGCCCAUGAACGCCUCAACAAGCCGCUCCGGUUCAUUCAGUGGAGUGAAAAACACGACCAGCAAGCAAAAACCGUCACGUCCCCUCCGUCUGCCACUUAGCGAGAACAACAACAGUCGUAGCUACAGUCUGCAAGGCCCUCCGGCUAAAACUCGUGCACUCUCAACCGCAAUCGACAUCAAUAACAACUAUCAGGUGACGUCUAACAACUACAAGGCCAAGACUACCUGCAGCAUCGCUGCAUACCAGCCACCGCUGAAGAUACAACGCAGCGCAGCUACAAAACCAAAACCGCCGCCACUGCAACUGCUACCGCAACAACAGUCAAACCAGCAACAAAAUGUGCAACAACAUCAACAACAGAGCUUCACUGCAUUGGCCUCACAUUCCAGCUACAAUGGCAAUGCCUCCAUCUAUUCGGUCGCCUCAAAUAACUCAAGCCUCAAUAUGUCUGCAUCGAGUUCUGCGCACAUGACCGACCAAUCGCUAAACUCAUCAUUUGGCGGCGCUUUUAACACCUCGUUGAACUCAACUAAUUUAUCUUUGUCCGAUUUGAAUAUGAGCCGCACACAACUGAAGCAAACCGAGUUUUCGCAGGCUACCACCGACGCGUCCGCUAUGUGUACAACCACUACCACUAUGGCUGGUACGCAGUUGGGCGGAACAGCAAAGUUCUGGGAUCGUCGUCAUGCUGCUGCCAUCGCUGCCGCUACUGCCGCUUCGCUGGCUUUUCAACAACAACAACAACAGUCGCAUAUGAUGAGUGAGAAAAUGUCGGUUCUGCCAUCACUUAUUAUGUCCACGUCGGAAGGUGCUGCUAUGGAUGCGCAUGGACAGCAUCAACUCCACACACAACAGCAACAGCUGCAACAACAACAACAGCAAUAUCAAUCGGCAAUCGCACAAGGGAAAAUCAAGCAGGAACCGUCUGCCUAUGUGGACCAGCCAAUGGUCAAUAUGCAUAUGUAUCCCAUGUAUGAGCCGCCAAAGCCGGACACACCACCGUCGAAUAAUAUGCCUUUUUGGAUAGAUCCUAUUUGGUCACAUAGCACCGCCGACAGUGAAGCGGGACAGAAUGCUUUGCUGAACAUUAAACUGCCAGAACUGAAGUCAUUCAAUGUUUUACCAAUGGUUUUGUCGCCCUACACGAUUUCCAAAGCCGAAAAUAUGAAGCAAAAAGUAUUCAAUUUCGAAAAUCAUGAUAGAAAAAUUGCUUAAAGCGCGUGUGAUUAUGGUUAAAAAGAAUAAGAACAAACGUCUCAACAGUUAUUAAUUAGAGUGGAAGAACGGUCUUCAUGUUUUUAAGGUAUAGUGCAUUAUUGUUAAGCGUGUCUUUAGAAAGAAAAUCAAAAUUAGAGCGAGAGAGAGAGAGAGAAAAAUAGUUGUUUAAGCAGUUUAAUUAUUUAUUAAUAUUUUAUUUAAUUAUAAAAAAAAAUAAUAAUUGUAAUGUUACCACGACAUUGAAUUGAAUUGUUCGUAUGUGUAACAAGCGAUUGAAAGAAUAUAUUGUUAUUGUAAUACCUCAAAAAUUGUUGGUAAGAAUCUACAUAUGUUUAGCGAGAUGAAAGAAAGAGAAGGAAAACAUUUUAACCAUAUUCAGUUCGUUGUAACGCCACUUAUAUACUAUAUAUUUUUUUAUUUAAGUUAAAAAUAUUUAAAUGCCAAUUUUAAAUAUUGUAUUUAUUGUAG